GCGAGCGUUCAUUCAUUCCACAGUCACGCGCUGAACCGUCGACACAUACUACAUUUUGACGUUUCUUUGUAUAACUUGAAUCAUCGGUUGUUGAGUCAGUGCAGUGUAGCAGGAAAGUGAUGGUAGGCUGGGUGCCCGUGUGACCGAUUGGUGUUAUGCACGCCAUGAGCGACCCUUCGGCCCUGGCUGGCAUGUUACCCUUCGACUCUAUUGGACUGUACGAACAGCCGAAACCCAGAUUCAUCUUCAAGAUGCCGCGAGUGGUUCCCGAUCAGAAGGCGAAAUUCGAAUCCGAUGAUCUCUUUAAAAGGCUGAGCAGAGAGAGCGAGGUACGAUACACGGGCUACCGCGACAGGCCACCAGAAGAGCGCCAAAUGCGGUUCACCAGCGGGUGCCGCGAGGGCCACACCGAGAUCGCCUUCACCGCCACCGGCACCAACCUGCAGCUGGUCUUCGACCACUCACCCUACAACAACCGAGGCUGCGACUUCCAGAAGGAGAACGGCAAGGCCCACAUAGUGUCCAAGUUCAUAAUGAAUGGCGUGUGCGUAAGAUGGCGAGGUUGGAUUGACUUAGAGCGGCUGGACGGCGUCGGGUGCCUGGAGUUGGACGAAGAGCGUGCCGCCAUUGAGGAUGCAGCGCUGCGCGACCAGAUCGAGCGGUACAACCAGCGGUUGCGGGACUUCGAAGAUAAGCAGCGCGUAUACCGCGAGCACGGUGACGACUUACGCGCGCACUCGCACGCGCACGCGCAGCGAUGCCAUCAGGCGCGCGCGCCGCCGCACGCAGCACACGUCGCGCACCCCCACCCACACCCCUCGCACCCUAUCCAUAUGAAGUCCCAGGGAGCUCUUAUCUCAUAAACCAAAAAGCCGAGAAUACUCCUACAAUUUUGUUGUAGUUUUUUAAUGUUCCUCAAAUAAUGAAUUUGGACGUUCGAUAUACUCUCAUAGCGAAGGCUAUCAAGAUCACCAAAUUGCAUCCUCUCUUCUAAUGAAUGGUGAAACUAUAAAAUUAUAUGUUUUACCUAACAAUAAUCUGCUGGUAGGAAUAUUCUCGUCUUUGUAAACGUAGCACCAAAAGUCUGACUGUGAGUCACGUAGUAAGAGUAUUACUUACCUACUUAUUACGAUAAUUAAUUUAAGAAUUUAAAAAAUGCCGUGUAGACAUUAAGAUUAACACCUAACUCGACCACCUAAAUUCAAUUAGAUUACUUAUUAAUAGCGAUCUACAUAUUCUUUUCAGUCGUCAAUGCAGAUCCAUUUUAUUGUGUUGGCCUAUUGAUAAGGAAUUUAGUUUAAUUUUUGUAAGGAAAUACAAUAUCGAGAAUGACGGCAAGAAAAACAAAUAUGUACUUUUAUGUACAAGUUCAGCGCCAAAUAAUAACUUGGAUAUAGAAGGAAUGAAUUAUGACAUUUCGUGGGUCAAGCUUAAUUUAAAAUCUGCAAUAUAAGUUAAUUACGAGUAAUACGACAGUAGAAAACAAUUGUUAGUGUGUCAAUAGUGUGAAAAUUUCCAACGAACGUAAACGGCUUAAAAUCAUUAGGUUAUAUAUACCUACAUUAUACCUACUCAUUCUUUAUAAAUUGAUAAAAUAACAUAUACUCUUACUUAUAAGAGUUCGGGUUAAACUAAAUAUUAUGUACAAUUGUAUAAUUUUGCUACUUAAUUAAAUCAAAGUAUCUGUUCUUGUUUACUUUGUGUUAUAUUAUGUUAUUUAUUUUUAAGGAAAUUGUAUUCAUACAAAGAAAAACAUUAAUACAAUUUUUGUGAUAGUAAUGUAAAUAAAACCUAAUGAUAUUUUAAAA